CAGCUGUACUACCUACACCGCUUGGCUGUACGCUUUCUUUGGGACAGGCACCAUAUCGAUGAAACAGCGACUAGAAACACAUUUGUGUAUAAUAUUCGCAAGAAAUGUGUUGUUUAGCGGCAAUUUUCAUUCUUACACAUCAAUGGAAGGUUCUAGAAUGGUCAUGUGAUGUGGUUUGACCAGUUAUGUUGCAUUUUGAAAAAUACCCUGCUUUUCCGUGUUUUUUUUUUUACGAGUGCCUUCUAUAACUUUCAAACUAUCUAGGUUACUACAUCGAAAAAAGGACGCGGAUGUCAGUGAGCUCAAGGUGAACCGAUGUUUGCUAUAACAAUAUCUAGGAUAUUUGUAUUUAGUAAAACGAAAUCCUCUCCCACGCUAGUGAGGAAAUCAAGGACUGAAUGUAUCACGUGAACUGGUUUGACCAAUCACCGCUUGAGUUCUGAACUGAAGUGUAUAAAUAUGAGGCGGUUGCCCAUAGAGACGUCCGCCAUUGAAGGCUCGUUUUCAAUGUACUUGAUAUUGGUAAAACCGUGUAUUGUUUUUUAAAAAUAUUAUUUGUUAGCAAACUAAAAACAGCAACAUUUUUAUCCACCGCAUCAUCGGCGACAGUUUCAUUUGGCAUCCUUCCAGCAGAACACGGUCGGCAAAGAACGUCUGUCUCAGUUCGGCAGUAAAAACAAUCUUGUUGUGCCAGAGACGGAAAGUAGUCUUGGAGGAAGAUGUGUGAUGAGAGCUGAGCUACGGAAAAUAAGUGUCGCUCUCAACUGCUACCCCGUGUUCACCACGCUUUGGACUGCAUCACGAUGACAGACACCAAAUACCCUUCGGUGUCCAGGGUGGGAGGCGUGAACCCUCCUCCGCCGAAGUUCAACAACCCAAAGAAACCUGGUCGCCAAACCAACCAGCUGCAGUACCUGGAGAAGGUGGUGGUCAAGGCCCUGUGGAGACACAACUUCUCCUGGCCUUUCAGGACGCCUGUUGACGCUGUCGGACUGCACAUUCCAGAUUACUAUACAAUUAUCAAAACGCCAAUGGACUUGAGCACCAUCAAGAAGCGUCUUCAGAAUAAUUAUUACUGCAACGCGUUGGAAUGCAUACAGGACUUCAACAAACUCUUCACCAACUGCUAUGUAUAUAAUCGGCCUGGAGAUGACAUAGUUCUGAUGGCCCAAGCCUUGGAGAAGAUCUUCCUACAGAGAAUGGCUGAGAUGCCCCAGGAAGAGACUGAGAUAUCUGCCAUCACAACCAAGACACCAGUGAAGGGUGGGAGGAAGUCCUCCUCUGCUAGUGUGGUGAAGCUGAGGCCCCAGUCCCCUGUGUCUGAGGUGGUGUUCCAGCAGACAGUGACAGUUAUCCCUCCUGAGGCCCUCCACACCGUCCCCCCUGCUGCCCAGCUCUCCUCACACAUAGCAGCCAAAAUCAAGAAGGGUGUGAAGAGAAAAGCAGACACCACCACGCCGACAGCCUCUGCUCCGAUCACCAGCUGCGAGUCGUCCCCCAUCGUUGACGGCUCGGCGGCCUGUAAGCUGUUCUCCAGGCGGGGCAGCGGUCGGCCCAUCAAACCCCCCAGGAAAGACCUGCCGGACUCUCCCCAGCACCACCAGAGCAAGAAGAGGAAGCUCUCUGAUCAGCUCCGCUUCUGUAACUGCAUCCUGAAGGAGAUGUUCACCAAGAGGCACGCGGCCUACGCCUGGCCCUUCUAUAAGCCGGUGGAUACAGAGGCCCUGGGUCUACGCGACUACCACGACAUCAUCAAGCAGCCCAUGGACCUGGGCACCAUACGGAAAAAAAUGGACGAACGUGAGUACAUGGAUGCCCAGGAGUUUGCUGCUGAUUUCAGACUCAUGUUUUCCAACUGUUACAAAUACAACCCACCCACCCACGAAGUUGUUAUUAUGGCAAGAAAACUACAGGAUGUGUUUGAGGCACGCUGGCUGAAGCUUCCAGUGAGGAGUGCGGGUGAUCCAGGACACUACGGUCACCACAGGGACAAGAAAGCGAGAGGAGAUGGGCCUGAGCGCUCUUCCAGCACAGGCAGCAGUGACAGCGAGAGCUCCUCUGAAUCGGAGUCCUCCUCUGGUACGGAGGAAGAGGAGGAGGAGGAAGAGGAGGCCAGAGUUCUACGGCUGGCUAAACUAGAGGAACAGUUGAAAGCGGUGCACGAUCAGCUGCAGAAACUCACCCAGGAGCCCCUGCUCAAACCAAAGAAGAAAGAGAAAUCAAAGGAGAGAAGAAAAAGGAAGGAAACGAGUAGUAGACCGAAGCAAGAAGAAGACCUGAGGAAGACCAAACCUAAAGUACAGCAGAGGGGCAUCAAUAAGGGCGCGUCUGCAGUGCACGGCAAGAGGAGGAAGAUGGAACUCCCAAUGGUGCCCUACAAGUCUGAUGAGGAAGAGGUGCCAGCGGUGCCCAUGUCGUACGGUGAGAAGAGGCAGCUGAGCCUGGACAUCAACAAGCUUCCGGGGGACAAACUGGGCAAGGUGGUGAACAUCAUCCAGGCCAGGGAGGCCUCGCUCAGAAAUGCCAACCCUGAGGAGAUCGAGAUCGACUUUGAGACCCUCAAGCCCUCCACCCUCAGGGCCCUGGAGAGCUUCGCCAUGACCUGCCUCAGGAAACGGCCCAAGAAACACAACCUGAAUAAGCUGGUGAAAACCAAAGGACCAAUACAGACUGUGAAGAAGCAGGAUGCAGAGAAACAUCUCCAGAGUAUUACUGAAGAAAUGAUCUCACUGGCAAAGAAGAAAAAGACAACAAAUGAGCUCCCCAGGGCUCCUGCUGUCCCAGACCAAACCCAGCCAUCCCGUCUCCGUGAGGGCAUCGGCUCUGACAGCUCCAGCAGCAGUAGUAGUGAUUCUAGCAAUUCUGAUAGCAGUGACUCUGAUUCAGUGAAGAAAACCAAGAAGAAGAAAAGCCAAGGUGCUCCACACAAGGUCAAGACCAAGUCUAAAAAUAAGAAAUCUGAGAAGAAAGACUCAUUGUCGGAGUCUUCUCUCCAGACCAGCCUGCCCCUGCAUGCCUCUCCAUCCCCAGCAGCAGUCACUAAAGGCCAGUCUACACAGCAGUACCCAGCCCAGCCUCCUCUAGAUCUGCUCAUCUCACCCCCAGCCUUACACAGCCGCCUGCCUCCGCAGCCUUCAAGACCUAGUUCCAAAGCAGCACCACUACCUCGCAAAAACAUGGUGGCACCCCAGCAGCUCACUGACAUUCAGCCCCAACAACCAGACCCCCUAUCUGAGAGCCCUACUACCCCCUCCCUCACUCCCCCUUCUGCCUCCUCCUGUGAUCCCUCCCUGACUCUAACUCUGCCCACAGACCCUCUCAGCACAACAUCCACCCCCACACAAGAACCUCCCUCCAGCCUACGCUGUUUGCCCCAGCCCUCUCCCCUAGCACUCCUCACCUCUCCUCAUUGUCAAUCACCGGGCCAGACACAGGAGGUGAAAACUGGGCCAGUUUAUCUCAAUCUACCUGAUAGGGCACAACAGGAAGGUCUGUCUCCGCUGCUGUCCCCUCUGACCUCUCCUCCUGUAGGUUUAUUACAGGCUGCUGGCAGCAGAUAUGAGCAGCUGUACCCAGUGCUGUUGUCCCCUCUACAAGACAGCCCAUUACAGCCUGUGAAGGAUGACAGGAGGCUCUCGGAAGCACUGGAGGAGACUCCCUACAGGAAGCUGCAGAAACAGACUAAUACCAGACACUCUGACAGUGUGUUUGAUGGUAGCAACACCAGCCUAUCUCAUCCAGCUAAUAAAACCACUGCUGACGGAAAAAAUACACCUGCCAAAAAGGAUAUUGUCCUGAAGAACGCAGACUCCUGGGCUAGUCUGAGGAAGAUGUCUCUUUCCACUCCCUCUACGGUGAGGUCAUCGAAGGAGAGCUUUGAUAAGUUUCGCAGGGCAGCCAUAGAGAAGGAGGAGAGAGAGAAAGCUCUGAUUCUAAGGAGGAUGCAGAUGAAGGAGAUGGCUUCUGGGAAGAGCAGCCUGACUAUGCCAGUAUCAGUGCCACCUAGAGCAGCAGAACCGGAGCCCCUGCCCUGUAGAACUCCAACCCCAGAGCCAGCAGAGAUCCCCCUGCAGACAGAGGACAUUGUGGAGCCUCCGCCUCCUAAAGCUCCAGAGGCCCUGAGAGAGGAACCUCCAGUGGCUGCCCCAACCCCACCUCCGCCCCUCACUACUCAGACCUCUGUGGACAGGGAGAGGGAGAUGGCCCGCAGGAGAGAACAGGAGCGACGCAGACGGGAGGCUAUGUCUGGUAUCAUUGACAUGACCAUGCAGAGUGACAUCAUGGCAACAUUUGAGAAGAACCUGGACUAACAAAAUGGCAGCAGGCAGUGCAGCUUGUGACCGACCGACUGAUGUCUUCUGUUGUUGGACAAUAAAUAAAUGAGCAUGGUGUUCCAGUAGACAGCACCCUAGGCUUCUUCUCUCCCUCCAGACUGUCUGUCUGAACAGAGCGAGCUGCAUCUAAAUUAAGGAAACGGGUCAUUGUUGCUUCCCAAAUGACAAUCCUACCCCCUAUAUAGUGCACUACUUUGGUCUGGUCAAAAUGAUUACAUUAUAUAGGAAAUAGGGUUCCAUUUGGGACAGCCUAUUACUAUCCUUACCAGGGGAAGCUUGUACUGUACUAUAGCAGCAUCACAUAACCCCAGUACAUUUUAGUAUUGUUGUAAACUGUAAGAAGAUACUGUAAGAUGUAAAAUAUUGAUAUUGCAACAAAAAAACACUCUAUGGACCAUAUAUAGAUGGCAUUUGACUUUCCUUUUUCUACUCAUGGUGAUGGUGGUUUUGUAAAUAUCUGCUGCACUGAAGUAAUGCUUACCUCUUAGAGAAAAAUACUAAGUAAAAAGUUAGCAAAAUGAAGAGCUGUUGAAAAAAAUAAAUGAUGAAAAUAACUUGUUUUUCCUCCAACACGUAGAGUCCUCUGUUCCUUUUCACCUAGGUUACUUCCCAAAUGGCACCCUAUUGCCUUUGUAGUGUAUUACUUUUGACCAGGGCCCAUAGGAUCUUGUAAAAAGUAGUGCACUAUAUAAAGAAUAGGGUGCCAUUUGGGACACUACUUGGUGAGUCGUCCUCCUAUGACUGCAGUACACAUCAACCGGUUCACACACUUCUUAACAUUCCAACUCUGACUUGGCUGAAAUGCAUAACCUGACCUUUGUGUUUGCUACACUCCCAAAUACUAAUACUAUGUAUAUCCAUGUACUGCACUGUAUAGUUUCUCCAGUUAUAGUUCUUAUCUUCAUACUUCAUUCAUAGUUACAAUUCUGCACCUUGUUGUGGAAAAAUCUUCAAUAUGAUGCGCUGUGUUUUACAAUGCAUGUCCUAUUUGAUUGACUUAAGUAAAAAAUGCCUUUCUGUUUAUCUGUAUGAAAUCAUACUUAGUAUUUUGUUACAUGGAGGCUGAAGGUGUGUUGAUCUUUGCCAAAAUGUCUAUUUCAAAUGUGGGACUUAUUUAAAACUAUACACUUGUUUUGAGUUUCUGCUUGAAAAAGUUUAAGUGCCAUGUAUAGUGGUGUGCCUAAAGCAAACUUUAGGCAUUGUUGAUGCCUACAUUGUUGGCUUUUUCUAAUCAAGAUCCAAUCCUGACUAAAUGUUUUGGGAGACAUGUAAGACUUUGUUAAUGUUUUUUUGAUCCUAUGGUUCUAGCUAUUCUGCAGGGUUUUUUUCUCUCUUUGACAUAAUGAACAGUAGCACUUUAUUCUGUAUCUUGUGGUAUGCGUGAAUGUCAUACCAUUUAUAGAGAAAGAACUAAUAUACUUUUGAGAAGAUCACACUCUAAAAGCUAAAUCAUAAAAAGAUUUAUUAAAGCAGUGUUUUCUGUA